AUGGGGAAACGGGGCGGAGACACGGCACGCGCCGUUCACCGCGGCAGGUCAGGCAGCGCGCGCGCCGUUCACCGUGGCAGGUGGGGUGAGAAAUGGAUCUGUGAGAGAGAGAGAGAGAGAGAGAGAGAGAGAGAGAGAGAGAGAGAGAGAGAGAGAGAGAGAGAGAGAGACGAGCAGGCAGGGAGGAGGUGUGUGAAAAUUGAUAGUGGGGUUUGA